CUUGUAACCAAACGCCUCCAUUCUCUUCCCCCUCCCUCCCUCUUCUUCUUUCUCUGACUCUUUACCACCGACCCAUAGUAGGCUUUUUUCUUUUAUUUUCAAUCCUUUUUUUCCUAUUUCCAAAUUUAUCCCCAAUAUUUUCAUUUGCAUUUGCUUUUUCGUCCUCCUUCACCUUCUUUUUCUGAUGAUUCGCCAAUACUUCCCAAUUUCCAGGAUUGGUGCAGUUUCUAUUUAGGGUUUUUGAUAAUAUCACCGCUCCCUUUAUUGUUUCCCUUUCCUUUCUUUUGCCCUCCCAGGUUUCCUUCUCCCCUUUCCUUUUUUUUCCUAGCUUUAGUUUUCUAGUUUCUAGGGUUCUUUUAUCUGAUUUUUGUUGAUUUUUAUUAUCAAUUAGGAAAAGAAAAGAAAACUUACCUGGGAAAUUUAUUAGAAUAUCCCGUUCCUUUUGGCAGUAUUUACUGCACUUGCCAUUUCCUUACUUCAGAAACGUUAAUACGACGAUAUAGGUUGUUACCUGAUUAAUUAAAAUAAAAGAAGAAGCCUAAAACUAAUUCCAGAGUUCAUUUUUUUCGUAGUCAUAUAUUCACCUGGAAACCGUACGUAUUGGAAGAAACCACUUUUAUUUUCGGAUUAGUUGCCUUUUUAUUUUGAAAUUAUUGUCUUUUUUUUUUGUUGCGUUGUGGCGGUUCGAAGGGUUAAGAAGUUAUUAGGGAAGGAAAAGUGGUUUAGGAUUGCAUGGGAGAGUAUGAAGGGUGGGCGGCACAGCAGCCACCCAUCGGGUUAUUACCGAACGGUUUGUUACCGAAUGAAGCCGCCUCGGUGAUUCGGGUACUUGACUCGGAGCGAUGGAUGAAGGCCGAGGAAAGAACCGCUGAUCUCAUUGCCUGCAUUCAGCCCGAUUCACCCUCGGAAAGUCGCCGUAAUGCGGUCGCGGAUUAUGUACAACGCCUAAUCGCUAGAUGCUUCCCUUGUCAGGUGUUUACUUUUGGGUCUGUGCCCCUCAAGACGUAUUUGCCUGAUGGGGAUAUUGACUUAACAGCCUUCAGUAAGAAUCAAAUUUUGAAGGAUACAUGGGCUCAUCAGGUUCGUGAUAUGCUGGAAAAUGAAGAAAAAAAUGAAAAUGCUGAAUUCCGAGUGAAAGAAGUUCAGUACAUUCAGGCCGAGGUGAAGAUAAUCAAGUGUCUAGUAGAAAAUAUUGUGGUAGACAUUUCAUUUAAUCAGCUCGGUGGAUUAUGUACCCUUUGUUUUCUUGAAGAGGUUGAUCUUUUGAUAAAUCAGAACCAUUUGUUCAAGCGUAGCAUCAUAUUGAUAAAAGCAUGGUGUUAUUAUGAGAGCCGUAUAUUGGGUGCUCAUCAUGGACUUAUCUCAACUUAUGCCUUGGAAACCUUGGUUCUUUACAUAUUCCAUGUUUACAAUAAGUCCUUUUCUGGACCACUUGAGGUCCUGUAUCGUUUUCUUGAGUUCUUUAGCAAGUUUGAUUGGGAAAAUUUUUGUGUUAGCCUAUGGGGGCCUGUUCCAAUUCGUUCGCUUCCAGACAUAUCCGCGGAACCUCCUCGAAAAGAUGGUGGAGAGUUAUUACUUAGCAAAUAUUUUCUUGAUACUUGCAGUUCAAGAUAUGCUGUUUGCCAAGAAAAUCAGGGCCAGCCCUUCACUUCUAAACAUUUCAAUGUGAUCGAUCCUUUGCGUCUAAAUAACAAUCUUGGACGUAGUGUUAGUAAAGGCAAUUUCUUUAGGAUACGCAGUGCAUUUGCAUUUGGUGCUAAAAAAUUGGCAAGAUUGCUUGAUUGUCCCAAAGAGGACCUGUAUUAUGAAGUAAAUCAAUUCUUUAUGAAUACAUGGGAAAGGCAUGGCAGUGGCCAACGGCCUGAUGCGCCAAGGAAUGAUCUGCGGUGCUUGAGAUUGUCAAAUUUGAAACACACGCAUGGAUCUAAGAAUAUCAGAAACAAUUCAAGCAGCAAAGGAAAUGACAUGUCCUCACAGCAUGAAACUCAAGCUGAAAGAGUUCAAGGAUCAUUUGGUGUUUCAUCACAGCAUGUUAAUUAUCCUUUGGAAAGCACAAGUAAGAUUAGUGAUGUUUCUGCUGUUUCUCGUACUCAAAGUCAAAGGAGUCAUGGUAGCAAGAGCAACUCAAAAACCUCUGAUCAAGUUAGAUGGGAUUCUAAUUCCAAUCAGAAUGUUCAUAACGGUGCUGAUCAGAGAAUUUCUAAAGCAGAGAAUUUGGUGAUUGAUGUUCAAGGAAGAUAUCUUUUUGCAAGGACGUGUUCUAGUCCUCAGCUUACUGAAACAUAUGGAGAAGUUAUCUCUAAUCAAAGGCAGAACAGAAUGCCGGAGAGUGGGAAAACCCAGAUUGCUUCUAUGAGGUCAAAUAAUGACGGGGGGAAGAAUAUGGAAUCUGGUUUGGCAGAAAGGCAUAACAUUAAAUCUUCAUCUGAUGAUCCUUCAUCUAUUAGGCAAGCAUCAAGCCAUCAAAGCAUUGAUGCUGCUGCUGAUCCAAACAGUCUUCCAAAUAGUUUCCAAGAUGAUUUUGGCUUGGGAACCAUGAGUCAGGAAUUUUCUUUGGUUCCAGGUGUACAAGGAAUGCAUCAAGAAGAGCAAGAUCUACUGAACAUGAUGGCAUUUUCUACGGCUCAUGGCUUUAAUGGUCAGGUUCCUGUUCCGCUAAAUUUAGCUACAGGUCACUUACCUUUUCCUUUCCAAUCUCUACCAAUGGGAUACAAUCAGAGAAAUUUGGGUGGAAUCCUUCCUUCAAAUAUUCAAAUGUUUCCCCAAGGAUUGGUCUCUUCUCCUCUGGCCCAUUAUUUUUCUAGCAUUGGAUUAACCUCAAAUACAGAGGAUCCAAUUGAGGCCAGUAGUGAAAAUUUUGGUUCUCCAGAAAUGAACUCAGGGGAAGUGGAACAUGAUUCAUGGCAGGAACAAGACAGGGGCUCUAGUGGUGGUUUUGUUGAUCUUGAUAACGGGAGUAUUGAAAUGCUUCAGUCGGAUGAUAAGCAACUUUCAACCUCAGCUGGCUAUAAUUUUGUUCAGUCUUCUAGGGUAAGCAGCUCUAGUAGUUCUAAAACCCAACAGAAGUUUGCUAAAGAAACUCGAGGUUCAAGUAGGGAAGGUCAUCUAGAUGAUAACCGAGGUAAUGAUGUUUUCUUUGAUGAAAGAACUACAAGUUCUAGAUCCAUGACUGCUUCACAUACAAGUUCACUCAGAAGUAAAACCUCAUCAGAAAGUUCUUGGGAAGGGUCGUCAGCAAAGGUCUGUAAGCCAGCUUGGGAGAAAAGGGGUAGGAAAUUGUCUUCUUCUGCGGUUCCUUCUGCUACAUGUGGAAAAGGUAAAAGUAUAUCUGACUAUUCCUCUCAGGCAGAAGACAAUAGCAGAGACUGGAACCCACCAUCAAUAGUGAGCAGUGAUAUGGCAGAAAGAACUAUUGAACCUCAACCAGUUUGUUCUUUGCCUGUUCCAAGGCAUCAAAUAUCUGGAUUUGAGACAGCCUUGACAAGUGGUUCAGAUCCAUUGAUACCCAUUACUCCAUUCCUCUUAGGUCCAGGUUCAGGUCAAAGAACUAUGGAUAAUUCUGGAGUUCCUCCCUUGGCCUUCACCAUAACAGGGCCGCCAGUACCAUUUGUAUUGUGCCCUGUGUACAACAUUCCAGCAGAAACAGGAGCUCCAGAUGCAUCAACAAGCCAUUUUGGUUGGGAUGAGGGUUUGGAUAACAAUGAUUCUUGUCAGAAUUUUGAAUCAUCUGAGGGACUUGAUCAAUCUGAGGUGUUAAGUACUUCUAGUUCUAUGAGAAAUGCUUCAUCUCUCGAGCCAGUAGAGCGUAAGUCUGACAUUCUUAAUGGUGACAUUGCUAGCCAUUGGCAAAACUUGCAGUAUGGACGGUUUUGCCAAAAUUCACAAUAUCCUCCACCUCUGAUUUAUCCUUCUCCUGUUGUGGUGCCACCUGUAUAUUUACAAGGUCAUUUUCCAUGGGAUGGUCCUGGGAGACCUCCUCCAUCAAAUGUGAACCUCUUUUCUCAACUUAUGAAUUAUGGGCCUCGUAUUAUUUCUGCUCCCCAUCAAUCUGUUUCAAAUAGACCUGCCAGCGUAUACCAACAGCAUGCUGAUGAAAUGCCAAGAUAUUGCAGUGGUACUGGGACCUACAUGCCUAAUCCUAAAGUUUCAAUCAGAGAACGGCAUUCUGCAAAUACAAGGAGGGGAAAAUAUAAUUAUGAUAGAAAUGACCACCAUGGUGAUAGAGAUGGGAACUGGAUUGCCAAUUCAAAGUCACAAGCUGCUGGGUACAGCCAUAGUUGCAAUCAAAAUGAAAAAUCAAGGUUCACAUGUGACCAAUUGGGUGCUGUUGCUGAUGACAGCAGAGCUGAGAGGCCUUGGGGCUCACAUAGGCAUGAUUCAUUUUCUUCAUACCAGUCUCAUAAUGGACCGGUCUGUGCAAACUCUUCUCAAGGUAGCUCUGCCAGCAUGCAAUAUGACAUGUAUCCACUGCCAGCCAUGAAAACCAGUGGGGCGUCGUCAAAUGGACCUACCAUUCCUUCUGUUGUCAUGCUGUAUCCCUAUGAUCAUAAUUCUGGUUAUGGUUCCUCUGAUGAACAACUUGAAUUUGGUUCUCUUGGACCAGUGGAUUUCUCAGGCAUGAAUGAAGAAGCAUCACAGGCAAGUGAUGGAAGCAACCCAGGUGGGGUAUAUGACAAGCAAAGGUUUCAUGGUACCUCUGCUCAACAGUCUUCUCCAGAUCAGCCUUCUUCACCCCACCUCCAAAGAGGACUUUGAUUUUAUUGCCAAAUCUGUGGCUGAAGAUGAGGAUUCUCGGCCCCUUUCUUUUCCAUCAGAGGGAAGAAAUAAUGGAGUGCCAUUCGUGAAAAGCCCCUUACAAGGCAUGUUUGUUCACAUCUCACUCGAGAUGGUCAACCAUUGGCUUGUGCCUGUAUGUACAUUAUGAAUGAUAAAAUCAUUUUUUUAAAUGCUCUGCUUUUGAGGAGAUGAGAGUAACGGUGAAAAGAAUGCAGGACUCGGGAGGAUAGAUUUAAAUUUAGGGUUCUACACAUUGUAACCGAAAUAGGAGCUCCUUAGGAUUACAAAAUGAAAGGAACCGAGUUCUCUAUUAAUUGCAAUGAUUUAGAUGUACUUACAGUGAAAUAAAACAAAAUUAUCAAAAUUAAGUACUUAAAAA